AUGAUAGGGACAGUCACGUCUCCCACACGGCGUCUGGGCGCGUGCGGGGCCGCCUGCCAGGAGCCGGGGGCUUCCGCCGCGCCCCCGCUGGUCCCCGGGAGUCUGGUCUCCCCGGGCGAGGCCGCGCCUGAGACCCUCCGCAGCCUGCAGACCCAGCUCAAGGCUCAGAACAGCCGGAUCGAGCAACUCUUCCAGAAGGUGGCCCAGCAGCAGCGGCACCUGGAGAAGCAGCAUCUGAGAAUCCAGAAUCUGCAGAGGCAGGUGGGCCUCCUGGCCCCCAUCAACUUGGGCCGCGGGGUGGCCAAGCCUGCCCGGAGGAAGAGGCUGCCCAAGAUGUCCCAGCUUGUUGGCCCCACUCACAAUAUAAGCCACCUGCACAGGCUGCCCAGGGACUGCCAAGAGCUGUUUGAAGAAGGAGAACGGCAAAGUGGACUAUUCCAGAUCCAGCCUCAGGGGUCUCUGCCUUUCCUGGUUAACUGCAAGAUGAGCUCCGAUGGAGGCUGGACCAUAAUUCAGAGGCGUCAAGAUGGCUCUGUGGACUUCAAUCAGCCCUGGGAAGCCUACAAGACUGGCUUCGGUGAUCCCCAAGGAGAGUUCUGGCUGGGCCUGGAGAAGAUGCACUUGAUAUUGGGGGACCGUGGCAGCCACCUGGCUGUGCAGCUGCAGGACUGGGAGGGCAAUGCCAAGUCGUUGCAGUUCCCUAUCCGCCUGGGUGGUGAGGACACAGCCUAUAGCCUGCAGCUAACCGCACCCAUGGCCAGUGAGCUGGGUCCCACCACUGUUACACCCAGUGGCCUCUCCCUGCCCUUCUCCACUUGGGACCAGGACCACGACCUCAGCAGGGACAAGAACUGUGCCAAGAGCCUCUCUGGUGGCUGGUGGUUUGGUACCUGCGGCCACUCGAACCUUAAUGGCCAGUACUUCCGCUCCAUCCCUCGGCAGCAGCAGCAGCGUAAGAAGGGCAUCUUCUGGAAGACCUGGCGGGGCCGCUACUACCCGCUGCAGGCCACCACCAUGCUGAUCCAGCCCAUAGCUGCUGAAACAGCCUCCUAGCCUCCUUGCUGGGGCCUGGUCCCAGGCUCCUAGGGGACAGUGACUUUGAUUCUGGCCCAACACGUGGCCAUUCCCUGCCUGGGCAGGGGCCGUCUGGAGCCUUGCAGACAGAGAAAAAGCCUAUGACUGGAGAGACCCCCCUUUUUUAGUGGGGGACUGCAGGUGAUAUCCUCUGAGAAGGACGGAACUGCAGGGCACACACCACAGAAUCGUGGGACCAACGGGCAUUGAGGUCUUCUCCUUGCCUACCCAAGGAGUGGGGAACACAGAGAGACCACGAAGGGGCAACCAGGCCAGCCCUCAACGGUAGAUUCAGUCAUGUUGACUGGCUAAGGGACCAGGGCGCCCUCACGGUGCUGUUGUAUGUGGGUGCUGUGGGACAAGCCCGUGCCACAUGGUGUCUGGGCAGAGCUCACAGAAUAAAAACAACCUCAGAACAUUUCA